AUGGAGAACGAAAAGGGAGAGAUCGUCGAUCUCUACGUGCCUCGCAAGUGCAGCGCCACCAACCGCAUCAUCAAGGCCAACGACCACGCCUCCAUCCAGAUCGCCAUCGGCAACGUCGACGAGAACGGUCGCUACACUGGUGAGAACCAGAACUACGCUCUGUGCGGCUUCAUCCGUGCCCGUGGUGAGAGCGACGACUCCCUCAACCGCAUCACCCAGCGUGACGGUUACCUCAAGAACGUGUGGAGCGCCAACCGUGCCCGGUAA